CCGACGGUGGGCGAGCGGGACGUGGAUUGUGGAGUGGAGGCGGUGAGCGGGCGGCGCCGAAGUUCGGGAUAAGUGCAUGAAUUGAAGUACGUUUUAUCACCAUUUUUAUCCACAAUGGUAUGAAACAGUUUUUAUAACCACCUUCUGAGGUGGGUAUGGCGGACAGAAAGCACAAAGCUCCAUUUUGCGGCUUUUGUCGAGAAACCUUUGUGUGGUGCUGCACCAGUGUACAGUGGCGGUCCGCAGGAUCAUCGCCGUGAUUCAGCGUGGGAGGCUCUGAGAAGAGAAACAUGCGAAUAGAUAGGUGUGAGCCGAGCCGCCAGUGAAAGUGCCCGGAACUCGACCAUGCCCCUGUACCGCACAAGAUCUUUAUUAGGAAAUAUGAAUGGUACAACAUCUAACACCCCUGGUGCUACAGAUGGAUACAUUCAGAACAUUGGAGAUAAUAGCAGUGUAGUUCAUCUGCCUCCCUUGAAAAACCAGAAUGGUACGAAUCAGAAUGGAGAGGCAAUGCAAGUACAGCAGCUCAACAUGUUCUACCAAGACACAACACAAACAAAUGGUGAUGCUCAGACUGUGCAAAAUGGCCAGAACAAUGACCAGAGUCAGACAUUGCCACUUAUGCGGCCUGGGACAACAACUGAUGGGAACAGCCAGAGCUCCAGUAGCCCUAUGAAGAAUGGAUCUGCAGCAAAGCCAAAGAAUGUAGUUGCUACUCCAGAACAAAUUCUCAGGGUGUACAAAAGCAAAUUGACACCCUAUGAGCAGCAGGAGAUCUACUCAUACCCAGAGAUCUACUACAUUGGGGCAAAUGCCAAGAAAAAACCAGGGAUCAUAGGAAGUAGUAACAACUGUGGUUAUGAUGAUGACCAGGGUUCUUACAUUCACAUCAUCCAUGAUCAUGUAUCCUACCGAUAUGAGGUGCUGAAAGUGAUAGGAAAAGGGAGCUUUGGGCAAGUUGUAAAGGCCUAUGACCACAAGCAUCAUAUUCAUGUUGCUUUGAAGAUGGUGAGGAAUGAGAAAAGGUUCCACAAGCAGGCACAGGAGGAGAUCAAAAUCCUAGAACAUCUCAGAAAGCAGGACAAGUACAAUACCUUCAAUAUCAUCCAUAUGUAUGAUCACUUCACGUUUCGGAACCAUAUAUGCAUCACAUUUGAGCUUCUUUCAAUCAACCUGUAUGAACUCAUCAAGAAGAACAAGUUCCAGGGGUUUAGUCUGCAGCUGGUGCGGAAGUUUGCACAUUCACUUCUUCAAUGUCUGGAUGUGCUGUAUAGGAACAAAAUCAUUCAUUGUGAUCUGAAGCCCGAGAAUGUGCUCCUGAAGCAGCAGGGAAGGAGUGGAAUCAAGGUGAUCGACUUCGGGUCGAGCUGCUACGAGCACCAGCGGGUGUACACGUACAUCCAGUCGCGCUUCUACCGGGCGCCGGAGGUGAUCCUGGGCGCCAAGUACGGUAUGCCGAUUGACAUCUGGUCUCUGGGUUGCAUCCUGGCCGAGCUGCUGACCGGCUACCCGCUGCUGCCGGGCGAAGACGAAUCCGACCAGCUGGCCUGCAUCAUCGAGCUGCUCGGCAUGCCGCCGCAGAAGCUGCUCGACUCGUCGAAGCGCACCAAGAACUUCUUCAGCAGCAAGGGCUACCCGCGCUACUCGCGCGUGACCACGCUGCCCGACGGCGAGGUGGUACUGGGCGGCGGCCGCUCGCGGCGUGGCAAGACGCGCGGUCCGCCCGGCUCCAACAGCUUCGCUAAGGCGCUCAAGAACUGCAACGACUCGCUGUUCAUUGACUUUCUGCGCCGGUGUCUCGAGUGGGACCCGAGCACGCGGAUCACGCCGGGCAAUGCGCUGCGCCACCCGUGGCUGCGGCGCCGGCUGCCGCGGCCGCCGGCUGAUGACUCGGUGGCAUCGAGCCCCGUCUCGGGCGGCGGUGGACUGCGCGCCUCCGGCUCCGGCCGCCUCAACACGGGCAGCAGCAGCAAACUGAACACGAUCGGCAGCGCCGGCUCAGGCGCCGGCAAGAUGCGCGUCUCGGUGGCCGACGAUGGCGCCAGCACGAUGCAGACGCGCCUGCACACCAAGCUGCCCAGUGUGCCGGUGGAGCGGAUGAUUCCGUGACGGGCUCGGACCGCGGCCUCGGGCGUUUGAUCUCUGGCGGGACGGCGCCGUGCCGGCGUCCCGCCGUGGCUUGUCUCGAUGUUACCAGGACAGGUGGCGCCGCCUGCCGGGCCGCGCCAGUGAGUCUGGCGGCGGUCGGCCCGCCGGCCAGCCGGCGCCGCGCCGCGCCUCGGGCCUGGGCCUGGGCUCAGGCCUGGUGCCGCCGGCGGCCAGGCGCCGCCCGAUGUGACCGUGUCUGCGCACUGUAAAUCCUCGGGCAUUGGAGACCAGCUGCUCUUGCGUCUCACGGCUUUGGGAUACCACCAUCACGUGAUAUUUGCAUCAGCUUCAGUCACAGUAUUAGUGAUUUGAACGAGUCCGGCUCAAUUUCCGUUCAAAACUGCAUAGGCAAAAGCAGGCCCGGAACAGUGCGCCUGACGGCUUAGUUUGUUGAGUUGCCUGCAUGGCAAGUCUUUCUACCUGCGCAGCUGCAACGCCAGCCUCUGAUGCACGAUGGAAAGGGGUGAAAUCCGCCGGCUCGGGGCCCCUGCCGCUGCGCGGGACCGCGGCCGACCGGCCGCCGAACUCAGCUGAUACUUAACGCCGCGCGGAUUCGAUUCCCUGCGAGUCCGCCGGGCGGGCGACGACACUGGAGUGAACGUGUGUCUGUUGAUGCCGAUUCUUGUCGGGAACAUUGCGACGCAGAGGUGCGCACUGCCCAAAUUGUUCCACGCCAUCCCUCUCUUGUUCUGUUGUCCCGUGCGUGUCUGGACCGCCGGCUUCUUGCAACGCUACGAAGGCGGGGUCCUUUUAUCCGUUAACGGUAUUGUCAACUGGUUUCGUCUUUACACAGUCCCCUUGCGUUGUCCUUUUGGACAAAUUUUACCCGGCAAACCUCGAAUCGUGACGAUUUAUACUUUGAUACCAUAGGUAGGUUCUAGCACUGUGACGCUAGUGCAUUGCUGAUAUUAUGGUGUGUCUCGCCGUUGGUUGGCAUUUUUACUGAAAAUCAAACAAAAAUGUUGCUCUGUGGAUGAGCCGGUGAGACUAAAUUUGCAAGUGGUAAAAGACAAGAAAUUGGAAUGUGGUAAAUGCACGCUGUUGUGCUCACUCAUGUUGCUCCCAUCCCUGCCCUGUUGUACAGAAUCCUCGUCAGAUGGUAGCACCUGCCGCGCGCUCUAGUGGCAAAUCUGGGCAACUUGUGCCUGCCGUUCUUUGUGAUAGAUGCCGUUGCCUGCGGUACGGUUUUCUACGGUGGAGUUGUCUGAAUCUGAACGUAUGAGCGCGCUGAUAUAUGAAAAUAUACGAGUCAGAGUGUAUUA